UUCUGAUACCGGUCAGCCACUGGAUUCAGUUAAGACAUAUCUUCUAUCUACCAAACUUCCAAACCCAAGCCAUUGAGUUAAGGUUUCAAGAGCGCGCGAACACACACACACACACACAGAGAGAGACACAACAACCACCAACUAACAGAUAAGAAUUAUGGGAAGUCACGAAAGCUACUCUGCAAAUCCCUCCGACUACAAGCUUCUAGAAGAAAUCGGUUACGGUGCCACCGCCACAGUUUACAGAGCCAUCUAUCUUCCUUUCAACGAACUCGUCGCUAUCAAAUGCUUGGAUCUCGAUCGCUGCAACACUACCAAUCUGGAUGAGGUACGUAGGGAAACUCAAACGAUGAGCUUAAUUGAUCAUCCAAAUGUGAUGAAGGCUCACUGUUCCUUUGGUGUGGAACGGAGUCUCUGGGUUGUGAUGCCAUUCAUGGAUGAGGGUUCUUGUUUGCACUUAAUGAAGAUAGCUUAUAGCGAUGGAUUUGAAGAGGACGUUAUCGGAUCUAUCCUUAAAGAAACUCUCAAGGCAUUGGAGUACCUUCAUCGACAGGGUCAUAUCCAUCGUGAUGUUAAGGCUGGUAACAUUUUGCUCAAUAGUAACGGCGCCGUUAAGCUUGCUGACUUUGGUGUUUCCGCUUGCGUUUUUGAUAACGGCGAUAGACAGCGUUCUAGAAACACUUUUGUGGGUACUCCUUGCUGGAUGGCUCCUGAGGUAUUGCAACCGGGAAGUGGUUAUGAUUCCAAGGCUGAUAUUUGGUCUUUUGGAAUUACGGCACUCGAGUUGGCUCAUGGCCAUGCACCAUUUUCAAAAUAUCCUCCAAUGAAGGUUCUUCUAAUGACAAUACAGAAUGCCCCUCCUGGACUUGAUUAUGAUCGUGAUAAAAAGUUCUCUAAGUCUUUUAAGGAAAUGGUUGCUAUGUGCCUCGUGAAAGAUCAAACAAAGAGGCCAUCAGCUGAGAAGUUACUGAAACAUUCCUUCUUCAAAAAUGCUAAGCCUCCUGAGCUCUCUGUAAAGAAAUUGUUUGCUGACUUACCACCACUUUGGAAUCGUGUAAAAGCUCUCCAGCUCAAAGAUGCAGCUCAACUAGCACUGAAGAAAAUGCCUUCUGCCGAACAGGAAGCAAUAUCUCAGAGUGAAUAUCAGCGAGGAGUUAGUGCAUGGAACUUUGAUCUUGAUGAUUUGAAAGCUCAAGCUUCAUCGGUGAACGAUGAUGAUGAUAUUAUAGAGAUGAGGGAAGAAGAUGAAAACAAUUUUUUCACUAAUGACAAGGCUACUGAUGCAACUGAUCCACAGUCUGGUGUUGGCAAAAAGAAUUCAGAGAAAAUACCUCAAGAUAAGAUAACAUCACAAGUGGGUGGUAUUGAAAUACUACAAACUGAGCAGAGUGAAUACUUGAACAAAAAGGAGAAGAUUCUUGAAAGUGAUCUCCAGGAACCUAGAUUGCCCAAAAAUUUUAUUUGGAAGAGAAAUGGAUCGAACACGGAGACAACAACAUUAACUGUAGAGAAGGACAUGGGUAAGAGCAAGAUUAAAGCUCAAUCUGUGGAAUGUCGUCAAACCCAAAGUGGGCCCCUGAUGCCAGGCAGAGUUCUCAGUCAUUCUUUAUCAGAAAGAGGACGUACAUUUGAAAGGCUUGAGAAUGGAAAUCAAUUACCAAGUAAAAAAUAUAAUCAUGAACUGCGACGAGCUCCAAGUUUUAGUGGUCCUUUGAUGCUUCCAACUCGGGCUUCAGCAAAUAGUUUAUCGGCUCCAAUAAAGUCUUCUGGAGGAUUCAGAGAUUCCUUGGAUGACAAGUCUAAGGCUAAUCUAGUGCAAAUUAAAGGGCGAUUCUCUGUCACGUCAGAAAAUUUAGAUAUUGUGAAGGAUAUUCCUUUAAGUUCAGUUUCACGCCGAUCUUCACAGGGAUCAGCACUACGGAAAUCUACCAGUGUUGCUGAUUGGAUGUUGGAUUUGAAACAAAUGCCAAUUGGUCAGGCCGCCAAAGAUUCUGCGGCUACCAAUAUCUCUCCGUCACUUCUUAUGCCUCACCUUCAAAAUCUUUCCCAGCAGACAUCUAUUCAACAGGAUCUUAUAAUGAAUCUGUUAAAUAGUUUGCAACCUGCUGAAGCAAUUGAUGUAUCUCAGAAUGGAAAGUUGCCACCAUUACCUCACAGUUCAGAGAUCAAUGGAAGUGUUGAUGUAGCAGCUUCAGAAAGGGAACGUCUUCUGCUGGUCAAAGUUUCAGAGCUUCAGACUCGGAUGAUCAAUUUAACCGAUGAACUGACUGCUGAGAAAUUAAAAUACAUGCAGUUGCAACAACAGCUAACAGCUUUCUACAGUCAGGAGCAAAAUGGGGACAGAAGAGAGGAAGUUGCAUGAAAGUUGAUUGAUUCUGAUCAUCUUUCAUGAAGCACAUGUACAUCCAUUUGUGAUUGAGAAAUGAUAGAUGAACUUCAUUCUUUCUCUCUGUGCCAAAAGAGAACUGCUUUUUGGAUACUGAAAAUAAGAGCAGCAUAACUUCCCCUUGUGAUCAAUAAGGUUAUAUGAAGAUCUAUAGGCCAGCAAGGGAAAAUAAACAAAAAUGGUACGUGAAGGAUAGUCUCAUUAUUUAUUCAUUCAAAUUUCCGAUGUACCUGAGCUUCUCUGAUGUAUCAUGCUACAAUCUACUAAGUUUGCAGAUGAAUUACGGGUUGUUGCCAUAAGAAAGUUUUGGGGACAUAACCCCUGGGGUAUAAUUAUAUCACUACACAUUGAAUAGUUAUUAUUAUUAUUAGUAGGGUUAAGUGUUUAACUUAUUAGAGGAGGUAAAAUUAUCAAUCACUCCCACAACGAUACAAUUUUGGGGUUGGUGAGUUUUAUUUUUUUUUAAUUUUAUUUGGGGUUAUACUUAUACGGGAUUAUUGUAUUGUUCUAUCUACUGUACAGGUUGUAUCUUUAAUGAAAUGUUGGAGCUACUAAAAUGUAGGGAACA